AUGAAAUAGUCAAAAUAAACAUAAAAUUAAGCUCAUGAUGAUUAAUUUUCAGGCUCCAAUACUCCAAAUGUUCAUGGCUUGUUUUUACCAUAAACGUUGACUAUGGGUUAAAUAUCUGAAGACAGAAAAGGAGAAGAUUAAAGACUAAAAUUAAUAAGGGCUUCUACUGACCCUUAUGAGGCAUUUAAGGAUGAUGAUUUUUUGUAUCCAACCAAAGAAGAUGAAAUGUCUCUUUGGCAAAAAUAUUCUGGAGAUUAUAUUUAAGGAAUGCCUGUAUUGCCAACAGGAAAAUGUAGUUUAUUUUGCAACAUUGUUUGUUGUUUUUACUUUCUUAUUUUUGGAUUAGUUUUUGUUGGAAUUGCCGGUAGCAUCACCGAAAUUAAAUUAAAUUAUGGAAAGGAAUGUGAAGGUAAAUAACAAUGCGUAGUUAAUUUUGAAAUUGAAAAAAAUACAUAUGGACCAUUCUUUUUAUACUAUGAAUUAAAUGAGUUUUAUACGAGUCACUCUGAUUUUGCAUAGUCAAUCAGUCCUAAACAAAUGAAAGGUUAUGAACUGACCGAUGAAGAGUAUGAUGUUUAUUGUCCUGAUACUUAAUCUUUUGAAUCUCUUUAGAGACCUGUGGGAUUCAACAAAAGUUAUGCCGGGUUUAUGGUAGACUUGAAUAAGAAAGUCAGUCCUUGUGGUGUAGCAGCUAAAUUCAUUUUUAAUGAUUCAUUCCUACUUUUUGAUGUUAACACUGAUACUGCUACCUCUUUAGCUCUCAAUUCAACUGGAAUUGCUUUCUCUGUUGAUUUAGAAUACAAGUAUUCAAGAACGUAGAAUUCUUAAUUUAGAUAAUGGUUGGAUCUUGAUGAUGAAAAAAUCAUAAAUUGGUUUAAUAUUCAAUCUUUACCCUUGGUCAGAAAGCUAUAUGCUAGAUAUGAUAAUGAUUUAUCAAAAGGAUAAUAUAGCAUCGUAAUUUAAAAUAAUUAUCCCACCGAUAUUUUUGGAGGAGAAAAGUAUCUAAUAGUUACAACUCUAUCUUCGUUUGGGAGCAAGAACUUCUCUUUUGGUUACUUGCUUAUUGCAACUGCAGGCAUUUAGCUCGUAAGUGCUAUAGUUGUUUACAUAAAACAUAGAAUUGUAGAAAAGAGAGAAAAACAUGAAUAAAAAAUACAUGCUGAUUUAAAACUAAAAGAAAAAUCAGAUUGA